UUAUGAGUUUGCAACAAAGUUAGUAACACUGAAAAUGGCACUUCAUAUUUCCUUUCUUCCCCAUCUUUUGUACUGCUCUUCAAAACAGAGCCUUCCACAAAGGGCUCUGCAUAGCAGCUUGUACGUUCAUUGCUCCUCAGUCAAGCAAGAUUCACAGCGUACAGCUCAGAGACGAUCGGCCAAUUACCAGCCAACUACUUGGACUUCUGAUUUUGUGAAAUCCUUGACCAAUUAUAAUUCGGAUGAAAUACAUAAGCAGAGGGCAAAGAAAUUAAAGGAGGAAGUAAGGGCUAUGAUUGGGGAUGAAGAUGUUAAUCCAUCAACAACACUUGAACUCAUAGAUGACAUCCAACGGUUGGGCUUGAGCUAUCACUUUGAGGAGGAUAUUAGAAGAGCACUUAAUGGAAUAAUGUUUGUCCAAGGAACUAAUGUUAGAUUAGAGAAGGGUGUUCAUGCCACUGCCCUCUACUUCAGGCUCUGUAGACAACAUGGUUUUGAGGUCUCUCACGAUGUUUUUCAGAAAUUCAAGGACCAUGAUGGCAACUUUAAACAGUGGCUAUGUGAGGAUGUGAAGGGAUUGCUCAGUUUGUAUGAAGCUUCUCAUCUUGCUUUUGAUGGAGAAAAUAUCUUGGAUGAGGCCAAAGUAUUUGCAACCAAACAUCUCAAGGGCAUAAAGGGAAAUAUCGACACAACCCUUACGCAACAAAUAAAACAUGCUUUGGAGCUUCCUUUCCACCAUAGGAUGCUGAGGCUAGAAGCUAGGUGGUACAUUCAAGCAUAUAGUGAAAGAAGAGAUGCAAAUCACUUGUUGCUUGAAUUAGCUAAGUUGGAUUUCAACAUGGUGCAAUCUAAACUCCAACGAGAGCUCCAACAAAUGUCAAGGUGGUGGGAGGAUAUAGGCUUGGCAAACAAGUUGAGUUUUGCUAGGGACAGACUCAUGGAAUGCUUCUUUUGGACUGUCGGUAUGGUUUUUGAACCUCAAUUCAGUUCCUGCCGAAAGGGGCUGACGAAAGUAACCACUUUGAUCACCACCAUUGAUGAUGUCUACGAUGUUUAUGGAUCGUUGGAUGAACUAGAACUGUUCACAGCUGCUGUUGAGAGAUGGGAUACAAAUGUUGUGGAAACACUUCCAGACUACAUGAAGUUAUGCUUCCUAGCUCUUUACAACACUGUCAAUGAAAUGGCUUAUGACGCUCUUAAACAGCAUGGGGUCAACAUCAUCCCAUAUUUAACUAGAGCGUGGGCAGAUUUAUGCAAAGCAUUCUUGGUGGAAGCAAAGUGGUGUUUCAACAAAGAAACUCCAACAUUCGAGGCAUACCUUGAGAAUGCAUGGCGUUCAGUAUCAGGGGUUGUAAUACUAGUUCAUGCCUAUUUUUUGAUGACUAAAACAAUUACAAAAGAGGCACUGGAUAGCUUACAGGCAUACCAUAGUCUCUUAGAAUGUUCAUCCAUUAUUUUCAGACUUACCAAUGAUUUGGGUACUUCCAAGGACGAGUUGGAGAGAGGUGAAUCGGCAAAUUCAAUCCUGUGUUACAUGAAGGAGAAUGGAGUUUCUGAACAAGUUGCUCGGAAGCAUAUAAGCAAUUUGAUUGAUGAAACAUGGAAGAAGAUGAACAAAGAUCAAGUAAUUGAUUCUCCAUUUGAGAAAUCAUUUGUCGAAACCACUGUUAACCUUGCUCGGAUUUCCCAAUGCACGUAUCAACACGGAGAUGGGCAUGGAUCUCCAGAUUCUCAAGCAAAGAAUCGAGUCUUAUCAGUGAUAAUCGAACCCAUUACUCUCAUGUAGAAACAAAGUUCAUAAAGAGCUGAGCCAAAGCCAAGAAAAAGGAGCUGAGUCAAAGUCAAUAAGAGAGCCCAAUCAUCUCAACGGAAUUAGUUAGGCAAUUACAACUAGAGUUAGAUUGGUUUGGUUAGUUGUAAUCAUAGUUAACUAGUAGGCAUCCUUUUAGUAAAUAAAGUACAAACUCUGUAAUUGUGAUUGAUUGAAUAAUAUCUUAUAUAGAAUUAGUUUUCCUCUA